UGUCAGUUGUCAAUAUUUGACUGCAAGUCCAUGAUUGAUUUUUAUCAAGAUUUUGUAAAAUAAAAAUUCACAGCUGUUUCAGUUACAGUGCAGCUGCAUUGCGCCUGCUCGUAACCUGGGCAUUUGUAUUAAAAGUUUAGCCUGGCCUCCAGAUAUCCGGGGCUUUCCGCCGCGAUUUUCAGUCAGCAUCAUGUCGGAAACUUUGGACGAGAGGAUAACCGACGAACUAGAAGCGUUGGAGGCGAUAUUACUAAACGAUGUGGUGAUAAAAGCGGUGGACAACAUGCCGAUAUUCAUCGAGACCGUGGUGCAUCCUUCCACUGGCGAUGACGCGGAGCAGCAGUACGUGUGCGUGACGCUCGGCGUGACGCUCCCGCCGGGGUAUCCGGACGUCCGCCCGGACGUCGUGCUCAGGAACCCCAGAGGCCUCGAUGACUGUCUGAUCACAAGUAUCAAGGAACAGAUUCGGGAUAAGCUUGAUGAGUGUAUCGGACAGCCGGUGGUGUUUGAGUUGAUUGAGUUAAUAAGAGAAAACCUAACCGAGAGUAACUUGCCGAGCGGUCAGUGUGUGAUAUGCCUGUACGGGUUUGCGGCGGGAGACAUCUUCAUCAAGACACAGUGCUACCACUACUUCCACAGUCACUGCCUGGCGAGCCACCUCAUCGCCGGCGAGAAGUAUUACAAGGAAGAGUUUGAGAAACUCCCUAAUUGGCAGCAAAUGCAGGCUCCUCCGUAUCAGCAAACCUGCCCUGUGUGUCGGUCGCAAGUGACCUGUGACGUGGAGACCCUGAAGUUAGCCCCUCCGCCCAUGGAGUCUAUAACUGCACCACCAUUCUGUCUCACUGCUGAGCUUAAGGCCCUCCAGCUAAAGAUGGCGUCGCUGCUGGCGCACCAGGUGGCGAAGGGCGGGGUGGUGGGCGCGGGGGACGACGGGCCGCCGCCGCUCACCAUCACCACGGCUGCGGAUAAUGAGGAUAAUGAGGCGACAAACGCAUCGCCCAGCGCGCCCCCGGAGGCGGCCAAGGCGGGGGCGGUGAACAACGGCGGGGCGGUGAACGCGAACACUUCAAACGAGACGCCGAGCUCACCGGGCGCCCGGCAGGCGUAUCGCGGACCUUACCGAGGCUUCAACCGCCGCGGCAAGCCGGGCCGCCGCGGCCGGGGCGCCCAGCGGUGA